AUGAGUCAAUCUAUUGUUUCUGGUACUAUUUUUUCGCCUUCAGUAACUGUUAGUUCAAGAUUUGAGUGUAAUAUAUGUGGGAAAGCUUUUAAAAAUAAAGGAGGGUUAACAAGACAUCUUAAUACUGUUACAAAAUACAAUGAUUUACGUUCAGACCUUGACGUUUUGCCACAAAAUACUGUACAGCAAUUUAAAGAUAUUUUAGUUCAUUACAUUCAUAAGCGAUUACCGAGAGGUUACAAACGAUUAGGAAAACAAACAGUUUCAGUACCUGCUACUGAAAGCCAAUUUUUUGCAGUAUUCAAAAAUUACAUACAUUAUUAUUCUACUACAAAAAAAAUGCAAUCAUGGGGAGUCAAAUAUUAUGAUCAACAGCAGUGUACUUAUGUCGUACUUUGUGAUGAUGAUAAUAAUAUUGAAAAUGAGAAAAAUCCCAUUGCACAAGCCGCAUCAACUUUUGAAAUAACAAAAAAGUCACGUAAACUAAAAUAUGAACGUGGACAGUUAGUGGUGAAAUGGAAAAAACAAAAGAAUAUUGAUUUUAAUGGUAAUUUUACUCAAGCAGAUCAUAUUUAUUUCCAUUUUUAUAACAGCCAGGCUAUGAUUCAAUAA